GACAGAGGUCUGUUAGUUUGCCUCCCGGGUUGAUUUAUUUAUGGUUUACAACAGAGAGGAUAAUGGCUGCAAACACAGAAAUAAACAGCGACUUCGAGACGGCAGAAAUCAACGUGGCUCCAGACGGCCUUGAAGACUGCGAUCGCGAGGCUGAGUUGCACUCCGAUGACCACGACAGUCCCGAGGAGAGCCCUCAGCCCGAGGGGGUAAUGCAGCGCUGUGCCCGGCCGAAACAGCUACCGUGCUUCUUCAAGGACGACUCUGAGGACAAGUUAGAGCGGAUCAUGAACGAAUUGCCCAGCACGGCCACCUGGGAGCAGUCAUACGGAGAGGGGAGGGCCACCAGCCCCGACUGGCUGGGGAUUCCCUCUUUCUUGCGGCCCCCCACGACAAGCAGCGUGUGUCCCUCAGGGACAGAAACAGAGCAGACCGAAAAGCUGCUGCUGCCAAGCGUCGCACAGGAUGGUAACCCACCUCAAUCUCCCAGUCUGUCCCGGCCAAAGAGCCCCUGGGGGAGAUAUGACCCCUACUAUUCAGCAGAGGACCAAGAGAAGGAGUAUGUGGGCUUCGCUACUCUACCCAACCAGGUGCAUCGGAAGUCGGUCAAGAAAGGAUUCGACUUCACACUUAUGGUGGCAGGCGAAUCUGGUCUGGGGAAAUCCACUCUGGUAAACAGCCUCUUUCUGACAGACCUUUACAAGGACAGGAAGCUGCUCAAUGCUGAAGAACGGAUCACACAGACCGUGGAGAUCACCAAACACUCCGUGGACAUUGAGGAGAAGGGGGUCAAACUCAGACUCACCGUAGUGGACACGCCCGGCUUCGGAGACGCGGUCAACAACACAGAGUGCUGGAAGUCUGUGGCAGACUACAUUGACCAGCAGUUUGAACAGUACUUCCGGGACGAGAGCGGUCUGAACCGGAAGAACAUCCAGGACAACCGGGUGCACUGCUGCCUGUACUUCAUCUCCCCCUUCGGGCACGGAUUGAGGCCGCUGGACGUGGAGUUCAUGAAGGCACUGCAUGAGAAGGUGAACAUUGUGCCCAUCCUCGCCAAGGCGGAUACACUCACCCCUGCUGAGGUCAAGAAGAAGAAAAUGAAGAUUCGAGAAGAGAUUGACCAGUACUGUAUAAAAGUCUACCAGUUCCCUGACUGCGACUCAGAUGAGGAUGAAGAUUUCAAACAACAAGACCAUGAACUGAAGGAAAGCAUCCCCUUUGCUGUGAUCGGCAGCAACACUGUUGUGGAAGCCAAGGGGAAGAGGGUUCGAGGGCGGCUGUACCCCUGGGGCAUUGUGGAAGUUGAGAACACGGCUCACUGUGACUUUGUGAAACUGAGGAACAUGCUGGUCCGCACACACAUGCAGGACCUGAAGGACGUGACCCGAGAGACCCACUACGAGAACUACAGAGCCCACUGCAUCCAGAGCAUGACCAGGAUGGUGGUCAAGGAGAGGAACAGGAACAAACUAACGAGAGAGAGCGGCACAGACUUCCCCAUCCCUGUGGUGCCAGCGGGGUCAGACAGCGAGACGGAGAAACUGAUCCGGGAGAAGGACGAGGAGCUGCGGCGGAUGCAGGAAAUGUUACAGAAGAUCCAGGAACAGAUGCACGGGCAGCAGGAUGGAUAUUAACACCCUGCACCCCAUCCCGACCCGCCCUCUCUCUCAGGGAUUCACUGUGUUUCUCUUGCUCUCCUGUCCUGAACGGACCCUGCAUUUACUAACAAUGCACCUUAAAAGAGAAAAAACAAAUAAACAAACAGUGAUCCUCUCACAUUCUCAUUCUCAGCAAGGCCACAGCAAACUCGAAAGGAAAUGUGAACGUGGUCGACUGCAGGGCUAACAGAUGACUCUCGAGUCAUGUGAGGCUCACAGAGCUCUGCUGCGUGGCUCUUUUCAGGGAUGGAAAUAAGACUCAUUGCAUAGCAAUUAGAUCCAUUCCUGGUUUUACUAGGAGUUUAAUAAGACACGCCCGAGCUUGUUACACACACACACUGGUUACAAGCUUGUUUUAAAACCUGGAGUGAGUGUAACUGCUGUGCAACAGGAGUCUUAUUUCCAGCCAUAUGUUUAAUUUUGUUAGAAACUCUUAAAUGGUUGGAAAGGAUACAAGAGCAAAGUACAGUCAAAAUGCAAAUAAAGCGAUGUUGUGUUUGAAUGCAGCACAUGUGUAAUGAGUACACACAUACUGAAGCGGUGUCUUAGUGCAGCUGCUUAAACCUCAACAGCAGUAUAUAGGUUUGGUCUACAGUGUGUAAAGAGGCUGGCUGCUCUGGUCUGCAGUGUGUAAGAGGCUGGCUGCUCUGGUCUGCAGUGUGUAAGAGGCUGGCUGCUCUGCAGUGUGUAAGAGGCUGGCUGCUCUGCUCUGCAGUGUGUAAGAGGCUGGCUGCUCUGCAGUGUGUAAGAGGCUGGCUGCUCUGCUCUGCAGUGUGUAAGAGGCUGGCUGCUCUGGUCUGCAGUGUAUAAGAGGCUGGCUGCUCUGGUCUGCAGUGUGUAAGAGGCUGGCUGCUCUGGUCUGCAGCGUGUAAGAGACUGGCUGCUCUGGUCUGCAGCGUGUAAGAGGCUGGCUGCUCUGGUCUGCAGUGUGUAAGAGGCUGGCUGCUCUGGUCUGCAGUGUGUAAGAGGCUGGCUGCUCUGGUCUGCAGUGUGUAAGAGGCUGGCUGCUCUGGUCUGCAGUGUGUAAGAGGCUGGCUGCUCUGGUCUGCAGUGUGUAAGAGGUUGGCUGCUCUGGUCUGCAGUGUGUAAGAGGCUGGCUGCUCUGGUCUGCAGUGUGUAAGAGGCUGGCUGCUCUGGUUUGCAGUGUGUAAGAGGCUGGCUGCUCUGCAGUGUGUAAGAGGCUGGCUGCUCUGGUCUGCAGUGUGUAAGAGGCUGGCUGCUCUGCAGUGUGUAAGAGGCUGGCUGCUCUGGUCUGCAGUGUGUAAGAGGUUGGCUGCUCUGGUCUGCAGUGUGUAAGAGGCUGGCUGCUCUGGUCUGCAGUGUGUAAGAGGCUGGCUGCUCUGCAGUGUGUAAGAGGCUGGCUGCUCUGGUCUGCAGUGUGUAAGAGGCUGGCUGCUCUGCAGUGUGUAAGAGGCUGGCUGCUCUGGUCUGCAGUGUGUAAGAGGCUGGCUGCUCUGGUCUGCAGUGUGUAAGAGGUUGGCUGCUCUGGUCUGCAGUGUGUAAGAGGCUGGCUGCUCUGGUCUGCAGUGUGUAAGAGGCUGGCUGUUCUGCAGUGUGUAAGAGGUUGGCUGCUCUGGUCUGCAGUGUGUAAGAGGCUGGCUGCUCUGGUCUGCAGUGUGUAAGAGGCUGGCUGCUCUGCAGUGUGUAAGAGGCUGGCUGCUCUGCUCUGCAGUGUGUAAGAGGCUGGCUGCUCUGCAGUGUGUAAG